CAGCGACAGUGCCCGGGCCUCGGUGCACCUUCACAGCCCCCGGUGUGCCCGUGCCCCGCGUCCCAGCGGCGAUUGUCCGGUCCCCUCCCGCCGCAGCCCUCCCGUAGCCCGGAUUUCACUCCCAUGGCAAAGCCGGCCCUGCAGGAAUUGGUGCUAUGACAGGCAAACUACUGGAGAAGCUGCCGGGGACCAUGAACACUUUGAUGAACCAAUUGCCUGACAAUCUGUACCCAGAGGAGAUCCCCAACUCUUUGAAUAUCUUCUCCAGCACCAGUGACUCGGUGGCUCACUACAACCAGAUGGCUGCAGAUAAUGUUAUGGACAUUGGCUUAGCGAACGAAAAGGCCGGUCAGGAAUUGUCCUCCUACUCGGGCACUUUUCAACCCGCCCCGGGCAACAAGACUGUCACCUACCUGGGGAAAUUCGCUUUUGACUCGCCCUCCAACUGGUGCCAGGACAACAUCAUCAGCCUGAUGAGCGCCGGCAUCCUGGGGGUGCCGCCGUCCUCGGGCGCGCUCACCAGCACGCAGAGCUCGGCGGGCAGCAUGGGGCCGCCGCAGGGCGAGGUGGACCAGAUGUACCCCGCGCUGCCGCCCUACUCCUCCUGCAGUGACCUCUACCCAGAGCCUGUCUCCUUCCACGACCCCCAGAGCAACCCCGGCCUCACCUACUCCCCCCAGGAUUACCAGGCGGCCAAGCCCGCCUUGGACAGCAACCUCUUCCCCAUGAUCCCAGACUAUAACCUCUACCACCACCCCAACGACAUGGGCACCAUCACGGAGCACAAACCCUUCCAGAGCUUGGACCCCAUCCGCGUCAACCCGCCCCCCAUAACCCCGCUGGAGACCAUCAAGGCCUUCAAGGACAAGCAGAUCCACCCGGGUUUCGGGGGGCUGCCGCAGCCGCCCCUCACGCUCAAGCCCAUCCGACCCCGCAAGUAUCCCAACCGGCCCAGCAAGACACCGCUGCACGAGCGGCCCCACGCCUGCCCGGCCGAGGGCUGCGACCGCCGCUUCUCCCGCUCCGACGAGCUCACCCGUCACCUCCGCAUCCACACGGGCCACAAGCCCUUCCAGUGCCGCAUCUGCAUGCGGAGCUUCAGCCGCAGCGACCACCUCACCACCCACAUCCGCACCCACACCGGCGAGAAGCCCUUCGCCUGCGAGUUCUGCGGCCGCAAGUUCGCCCGCUCCGACGAGCGCAAGCGGCACGCCAAGAUCCACCUCAAGCAGAAGGAGAAGAAGGCCGAGAAGGGCUCGGGUGUGCAGCCCCCCGCCGCGCCCCCCGCCGCCACCGCCACCACCUCGCCCCCCGUCGCCCUCGCCCCCGCUGUCACCACGUGCGCUUGAGGGAUUGUGGGGGGCGGCGCGGUGGCACCCCUUCUCCUCCCCUUGCCCUCGGCACCGCUCCGGGGGGAACCCCACGGUGUUCAGGAUACCGGGGUUGUGCUGCGACGGGUCUGCUCUGCCCGCACCCGGAUUGACCGGGUCCAGGCUGCCCGCACCUGGAUCCUGCCUGCACUUGGAUCGAUGGGACCCGCACUGCCCGCACCCGGAUUGCCCGGACUCGCGCUGCCCGCGCUGGGAUUGCUCGCAGCACCUGGAUCCCGGCUGCCUGCUCCUGCACCUUCCACAUCCCGGCUGCUUCCACCUGCACUGCCCGGGGCCGGGCCGCCCGCGCUGCCUGGAUCCCGGCCGCCUGCUCCUGCAACUCCCGGAUCCCGGCUGCCGACACCCGCACCGCCGGGGGCCGGGCCGUCCGCACCCUCCUUGCCCGGCUCUCCGGCUCCCUGCUCCCGCACCUGGAUUACUCGCACCGCCCGGAUCCCGGCUGGAUUGCCCCAUCCCGGCUCUCCCGGCUCCGACUCUCCCGCACCCCACGGCCCUCACCCGGCACCUCCCGGCUCCAUCCCGCCUGCACCCAGCCGGCCCGGCUCCGGGCUGCCCGGGCGGCCGAUCCCGGGAAGAAUCCCGGCUGACCUGGAUCCCGGGGCUCGGUCCGACCCAUCCCGUCCUGCCGGGGCUGGCUCCUCCAGGAUCGGCCCCCCCGGUCCCGUCCUGCCCGGCUCCCCCGGGGCUGGGCGCUCCAGGAUCCGUGAGGGGAUGAAUGAUGGAUGGAUGGAUGGAUGGAUGGAUGGAUGGAUGGAUGGAUGGAUGGAUGGAUGGAUGGAUGGAUGGAUGGAUGAUGGAUGGAUGGAUGGAUGGAGCUGAUCUGGUUCCUCUCCUUGCUGGGCCUGGAGCCCCCGCUGCCCCCCCCGGCCCCGUGUCCCCCCCGUGUCCCCAAGCACCGGCUCCCCGUGUUGGAGGUAAGAGGGCUCAGCCCCCCAAGCCAGGCUGGGGGGGCGGGGGGCGGCUCUGCGGGUCCCCCCAACUCCGGGGGGCAGCGGGGAGCGAUGUCCCGGCAGCAGCUUUUGGGUUUGUUUUCUUAUUUUUGUUUUAUUUUCCUUUUUAUUAUUUUUUUUCUUUGUUUUCAGCAGAAGGGAAAUUCUUUACAGAAAUACAGGGAAAAAAAAAAAAAAACAAAAACAAGCACCCCAGUAUUUUGCUGAAUACUUUUUAUAAUGUGAGAUAUUUUUAUUUUAUUUUAUUUGGUCACUUUAAAACAACCACCCAACUAUGGAGGAGAAAAAUCAAUUAGUCCUCUAUUUUAUUAUUAUUUUUUUUCUUUCUCCUUCUGGUAUGUGCAUGUCAUUGCAUGACUGCUCUGAUUUUUUUCUUCUUUUGUUUUAAUAAAACUGUGCUCAGACAUUUAAGCUAAACUAAGCAAAAAUAAUAAUGACUUAAAAAGAAAAAAAAAUCUUUGUUGCCAAAAGGUCGUGCUAUCCAGGUUUGAUGUCUGCAUGUGAAAAAAAAAACACAAAAAAACACAUUAAAAACGUACAAAAAUAAAGAGAAGAGGAAGAAUGCAGUCUAAUUUAUGUGAACUGAAAGGAACAAAAAAAAAAAAAAAAACAAAAAAACAAA